AAACACGCCCACAUGGGUUUGGUUCGCAUGCGCAGUAGAAGAGGUGGUGUAGCGUGUCGAUUAAGUUUGUAAGUUGAGUCAAGUUUAGUUUAGUUCUUAAAAUUCAAUUUUAAUUUGUUAACCACAGGACAAAAGUUGCGUUUUCAGUUUGAUGACCGCACAAAGACACACAGACAGACAGACAAACAGAUAGACGAACACCGGGAGGUCGUCGCGCGCCAAGGCGGACCGGGUAGCGCCACUGCCAGCAUGAGGAUCGAAUUCGCCCCGCUCAACAUCCCGCUGCGGAGGAGACUGCAAACAGGCGCCGUCCUGCAGUGGGUCUUCUCCUUCCUGGCUCUGGCCCAGGUGUGUCUGGCUGCCUUUGUCCUCCUUGCUCUUUCUGAAUGGUGGAUCCUGCCUUUGGUCUAUGCUGGUUGGCUGUGGUUGGACUGGGAUACCCCAACCAACGGGGGUCGGAGGUCACAGUGGAUCAGAACCUGGACGGUGUGGGACUACUUCAGAGAUUACUUCCCUAUAACGCUUGUUAAAACUGUCGACUUGGACCCUAAGAAAAACUACAUCUUUGGAUUUCAUCCUCAUGGUGUGCUGGUAGCAGGGGCUUUUGGGAACUUCUGUACAGAAGCGACUGGUUUUGCUCGUCUAUUUCCUGGACUGACUCCUCACCUGUUGAUGCUGCCAUUCUGGUUCAGAGUGCCGGUGUUCAGAGACUACAUCAUGUGCGGAGGUUUGGUUUCCAGCAGUAAGUCCAGCCUGUCGUACCUGGUCAGUCGUCCCGAAGGAGGAAACGUCGCUGUCAUUGCAGUGGGCGGGGCUCCAGAGGCUCUGGAUGCUCGACCGGGCGCUUUAAAACUACAGGUGCUAAACAGAAAAGGAUUCAUCAAACUGGCUCUGAAACACGGAGCUCAGCUGGUUCCAGUCUUUUCCUUUGGAGAGAACGAGUUGUUUGACCAGAUGGAGAAUCCUACAGGCUCUCCUCUAAGAAGGCUGCAGAAUUGGCUGCAGAACAUCAUGGGAGUAUCGCUGCCGCUGUUUCACGCCAGGGGAGUUUUUCAGUACAGCUUCGGACUAAUUCCCUACAGGAAGCCGAUAAAAACUGUUGUGGGGAACCCGAUCCCAGUUGUACAGACCCCCAGCCCCAGCAGUGAGGACAUCCAGAGUCUUCACCAGCUCUACUUGCAGAGUCUGACUCAGCUUUUCGAGCAGCACAAACAAAGCUACGGCCUCAAACAGGACCAGCACCUCACAUUCAUUUGACCUCACUCAAGUCACCUGAUUUCAGCAUCUUGUGUUUGUCAGGUGAAGGGAACCAGCUGAUGUUUACCUGUCAGACUGUCGUUAGCAGCAUGCUAAUGCUAUGCAAUUGAUUUGAUUGUGAAUGCUAACAGGAUACAUUUAAUAAAGUUAUAUUACAAUACAGAAGUUAUGUUGAAUUAACUUCAAUUCAGUUUUAUUUAUAUAAUGCUAAUUCAUCUAGUAGAGGACCCGAGCUUGGAUGAGACCACUCGCGAAGGGUGAGAAGGGAAAUUUUUUAUAUAUUGAUAUUAAAUAGUAAUAUAAUAGUGAUUCAAUUUACAUUUGAUAAAUUUUUAAGACCAACAGUGGAAGAAAUAUUUCCUAAAGGAAGAAACAACAACAAGCAGUAAUUGAACACAUCUGGUUGGACCAGUAACUGACAACUGGAGGCAUGCAGCUGUCAGUGAUGAUUCCUGCAGAUGGGGACAGAGAGAGAAGAACAACAACUACAGGAGAAAAAGACAAAGUUAUUUACAUAUAGAACAAUGAUGUCAGGUUACUGGAUAUAAUAGAAAAUAGAGGGGUUCAGUGUAUGAUGGACGUCUCCCCAGCAUCUAUAGUCUAUAGUUUAAUUAAGAUUGUUUAAAGUGAUUGAAGCAGAUUAAAGAUCUGUUUACUAAAGGUU